ACAAAGGAAUUGUGUUGAAAUAUCAAAUUAAUGUUUAAGAAACUAUAUAUCUACUCAAACUAUAACUACUUCUCAAAUAGUUUUUCUCAUCAAUUGUUUGUCAAUAGCAGAGCCACAUUCAUUUCUUGCGCCAUUUUUCAGCUUCAUAUAAAAAAUAUAUGUAGUAUAUAUUUAUUUUUGUCAACCAUGACUGAUAAUUCAGAAAGCAACGAAAUUCAUCAUGAGGUAGUUUUAGAUGUAAAUAGUCAUGCCUCACAAAAUUGUGAAGAAUCAGGCAUCAAAGACUCUGUGCCCCUUCUCAAGAAGCUGGUAGCAGAAGUGGUGGGAACAUACAUGAUGAUAUUUGCGGGUUGUGCUGCUGUUAUUGUGAAUCUUAACAAUGAUCAUGUAGUAACACUUCCUGGAAUUGCAUUUGCUUGGGGAUUCACUGUUAUGGUUUUGAUUUACUCUGUUGGUCACAUUUCUGGUGCUCAUUUCAACCCUGCUGUUACCAUUGCUUUUGCUUCUACGAGAAGAUUUCCCUUCAAGCAAGUACCAACUUAUAUGAUAGCUCAGGUCCUUGGAUCCACAUUAGCAAGUGGAAGCCUCAGACUAAUAUUUAAUGGUGAAGAUGAUCAUUUUAUUGGAACACUUCCAGCUGGUUCUAAUUUGCAAGCUUUUGUAAUCGAGUUCAUAUGCACUUUCUUCCUUAUGUUUGUUAUUACUGCAGUAGCCACCGAUAACAGAGCGAUUGGUGAAUUAGCCGGACUUGCGAUUGGGUCUACAAUAAUAAUAGAUAUAUUGUUUGCGGGACCAAUGACGGGAGCAUCGAUGAAUCCAGCAAGGAGUUUAGGACCUGCUUUUUUAUACGACAAUUAUACAGGAUUAUGGAUAUAUUUGAUUGCACCAAUUCUAGGAGCUUUGGUAGGUACAUGGACUUACAAUUUCAUCAGGCACACAAACAAGCCAACGUGUGAUGAGCUCCCUAAGAUUGAGCUCACCAAGAUUGUCCCUUUCCUUAGGAGGAGCAGGUCGUAACGGAGUCAAAUGCUUCCACAAGUCCAAAAGUGACCACAAUUCCAUCAUGUAUUAGGGUUGAAUGUUUUGAUCUGGUUUGGAUUGUCAUAUAUAUAUAUAUAACACUGAAGUAUACUUAGGAAAAUGAAAUGAGCAUAUUCUUCUUAUCAUUCAUCAAUUUGUAAGAAAUGUAGGACCUUUGUCCAGGAAUAAAAGCAUGUGUGUCCA